UCAACGAGCAUGUCAUUUGAAGACCGCGCCUGAGACGAUUACUACGGAUAUAACGUGUGGAGAUCCUAAGUUUCUGAUAAAUACGCCGUACAACUCCCAUGGUUUCUCAUAAUUUCUACCUCGUGAUUCGGAUAUAGCAUUAUUCUAGAAUGCCCAGCACACUUUUUACAGAAAUGGAUCAUAAUACUGAUGGGCUGGAGGACCAUCAAAGGGCCCUUCAGUCGUUAGCCUUUAAUUUGUCCAUGCUCGGACUCAGCAAUGAAGAUGAUGGCCCGUCAGCUAUGGAUGAUAGGGGAAGGAAAAGCAGUAAUAUGACGGAAUGUGUACCUGUACCAAGUUCGGAACAUGUAGCAGAAAUUGUUGGUCGACAAGGUUGCAAGAUCAAAGCCCUGAGAGCAAAAACCAACACAUACAUCAAGACACCGGUUAGGGGCGAGGAGCCAGUCUUCGUUGUCACAGGCAGGAAGGAGGAUGUCGCUGCCGCAAAGAGGGAGAUCUUACAGGCAGCAGAGCACUUCAGCCAGAUCAGAGCGAAGCGAAACCAAGGUCAUUCUGGAGUGCCUCCCGGUCCACCCCCUCCUAACAUCCCUGGCCAGACAACAAUACAAGUACGAGUGCCGUACAGAGUGGUUGGUUUGGUUGUCGGGCCGAAGGGCGCCACCAUCAAGAGAAUACAGCAGCAAACCAAUACGUACAUCGUCACACCAAGCAGAGAUAAUGAGCCCGUGUUUGAAGUGACUGGACUGCCCGAUAGCGUUGAGCAAGCAAGGCAGGAGAUCGAAGCCCACAUUGCAAUGCGCACUGGAGGUUUGAUCGAUUCCACAAGUCCAGAGGAUGAUUUUGCCAACAAUGGUACCGACAGGGGAAUGGUCGAUGAUAUCAGUCUGUAUAAGACUGGUCCAAGUCCAUUUGCUCAACCUGUCGGAGGUGCUAAGCCCAUGAUCCAGAGAAGCAGCAGUGACAACUACUUCUUCCCCACCAACAUCACAACAACGUCGACAUCAACAACCACAACAAACGGUACCACAGAGUUCAACCCUCUUGCCAAUUCCUUCACCUCAACAGCUAAGACGGCAUACAACCUCUUCAACGGUUCGACGCCAGAGCUUGGUGUGGAUUCUCAUGUUUAUGAAGGUCCUCUACCAGCGACUGGAAUCCCAACCCAGCAGCAGCUCUCUAUGUGGCAGGAUUUGACAGGGGUCAACGCUGCCUUUGGAAUACCUCAGAUCUCCAGGCGCAGCAGCAGCAUCAGCUCAGGGAGCAACGAGCCGGCAGUCAAUGGAAUCAACGAGCAUCCACCAGCGAGACGCAUCCGUAGUGAUCCCUUGAACGGUGGAUUAUCGGUGCUUCCAACGCCCCUGCCUUCAGCCUUCCCCGUCACAUCAUCAAGUAGCACAUGCAGCAGCCCAACGGAUUCAAUCGGAUCUGGGUCCCUGUCGGCGCAGAGUAAGAAGCAGUGUAUGGUCUGUAGCGACAAUGAAAUUGUUGCUGCUCUUGUGCCAUGUGGCCACAAUCUCUUCUGCAUGGAAUGUGCCAACUCGUUGAUCAACAAGGAGAAUUCUCCCUGUCCUAUGUGCCAUGAGCCCGUCACUCAAGCCAUUCGUAUCCAGUUCACGUAGGAAUACGCCCCUGGACACUUUUGGCUAUAACCCCCUCAAAAUGUACACAUUCUUGUUGAGUUUUCAACAUAAAUCUAUAUAAAGUACUCCCCUUAUGAAGAGAUAUUUUUUCAUAUGAAUUUUGUUAUAUUUCUAAUUUUUAGAGGUCAACAUUUUUGUCUAUUUGAGUUGUGAGUGAAAGAGAGUGUUUCUUAUAAAAAAUUGCAAAUAUUUGUUUUUUUAUUUCAUGUGUAUUGUGAUAUGUAGUCGAAGAGAUUAUGAAGGACAUCAAGUAUUUUAUUCAUCAUACAAUAAAAAAAGAGAUUCUAUUUGAUACAAUAUGUCUACAGAAUAAAGGUCUUAUUUAAUUUGAAUUUAUCUGCUGGAUGUUGUGCAUUGUAAGAGCUUUAUUUAAAGAGAGAAAGCAUUCGGCUUGUACAGUAUACCUAUUCAUACAAAUGAAGAGUAUUAAACAAGAGUUUUCAUUCUAUCGCAUAUGUGACAAGUAACCAUGACACUUUCAGUUAUAAAAGAGAAAGAGAGAACCAUGGAAAUAAUGAAAUAUAUCUAAGUAUUACUUCAAGUAUAUUUUACCCUGUUGAUAUUUUAAAUAGCUGUGACAAUAGAGGUUAUUUUUAUUCUAUUUGUAUUAAUGGGACUGGAACCCGUUAUUAGGUGCCCGUGCCAAUAGGCCUAGCAUUUAUCAUACAUACUCUUUAUUAUUAUAUUUGUACAAAAGUGAAAAAUACUGUCAUAUUGUAAUUUAUGUUGCACCUCAUUUUUAGUGUUUUUAUUUUUAAUAUAUUUCAAAGCAGUUAUGUAUACAUGUAUAUGUAGCAUUGCUAUAUUUGACCAAAUAUUCCAAUGGUAUGAUGUCUAACUGAAAAUAUGACAAAGAGAUAUCUCAUUUAUUUUCCAUGUAAACCCAACCUGCAUUCAGCCAAAACAUGUAUUUCAAAAUGAAAAAUAGAAAAAUACAUAAAAAUAAAAGAGUUUUAUUUUUUGUCAAAAAGUCUAAUGUAUAAUUGAUAUGUUGCCGAGAAGUGAUUGUGUGCUGGUUUUUGUACUUUGAGCUUUUUUAUGUUAGGAAAAAAAAUCACAUCCACUGGUUUGGAGGAGAAAGUGCAUGAUUUUUUUUUUUCGUCUCAAUGUUGACCAGUUUUUUGCCAAGUUUUCAGAUAUUAUGAAAAAGAAAUGAUAUAAUUAUAUAUUAAGAUAUAGAGUUAUGAUGAGAUGAAAUUUUGCUAUUUUUGUAGUUAAAAAAAGAUGAAUUAGGGUUGAUUCCUCUUAUGGUGAGAUCUCUGAAAAAAUUGCUGCAAAUGUAAAGAUUUAAUGACUUUCCUGUACAUUGAAAUCAGUGAAAUGAUUAUAGGAAUGUGUAAUGCACUGUCUUAUUUGUUAAUGAGCCAACUCCUUUUGUGUUAGUAGAUGGAGAUUAACCAACACCAUCAUCUCUGUAAUAUCAAACCCAUCAGUGUCUUAUAUGACCAAUCAAUAACCUCUAUACAUUUUUAUUUUUGCUAAUAGCCCUAUGCCGCAUAUACAUGGACAAAAACUCACUUUGUACUUGUACCAGUUCUCGUCUUGUGAAAAGGAGAGAAAAAAAAUAGAAGAUGAAUAUUGAAGUUUUAUUAACUACUCUUUUGUCACCUUGUAAAAGUCUGUGUGCGAAUCGUGUGGUGUAUGUGUUAUGUGUCCAAAAACUACAGAUUUAUUGUACAAGAAAAUAAUUAUUUGUGACCAAUCUGUGAAGUCUAUUAUGUGUAUUAUAACUGUAAAUGUUAUUUUUGUUAUAUUAUUAUAAAUACAGAAAAAUGCAAUCAGUAGUAGUUACAAGAAAUGGACAGAAUAUGAAAGAAAAAUAUUUUUUUCUGAGAAAUUUCUUUGAAAUAGCAAAACAUCUGGACAGAUGACAUAUGUUUUUGUUCAUGCGUUCAUACCAUAAUCUCAAAAAGGUGCAAAAUUGUGAAACAAUCCAAGAAGUUUGUUUUAUUACUCUAUACUAGUAUACAGUACUUUCCAUGCAUGUAUUAUGCACACAUCACUAUGUCUGUUUCAUGUCAUAGAUUUAGACCCUAUUGUCCUUGCCCGUAUAUCAUAUAUAGGCCUACCACUCAAGUAAAAGUGCUAUUUUUGUUUGAAAUAGAAUUUAAUUGUUAGUUUUUAGUACCUCCUUUCUACCAGAAAUCAGUAUUUUUUUAUUAUCCUUUUCCAUUUUUUCUUACGUAUAAUUGAAGAAAAUUAAAUAAUUCGUAGAGCUGAACAUGUUUUGUUUAGUUAAUCUAUGCAAACAAAUAAUGCCAGUUUUUCUUAACAAGGUUUUGCAUAUUGUCUGAAUAUUUUAAUUGUAUUUUUCAAAGUGAUAAUCAUUACAGAGUAAACUUUCAUAGUAAACAUUUGAUACUCAAAGUAUGAUCAUUUAGCCUAAUUAUUCAAUUAUAGUAAUAUGACUAGUAAUCAAAUUAUAUAGUAUUUAUGAAAGAAAACUUACCCAGUACUGUUUACGAAUGACUAUAAAGACUACUGUACAUCAAAUUUGCAACAUUUAGCGUGACUGUUACCAUGUGCAUUACGAGUUUAUAUCAAGCAAACCCACUGACAAAAAGAGGUUAUUUUUUUUCUCUCCUGAAAAAAGUUCAUGUGAAUUUUUCAGGGGGAAAAAAAGAUGAAACGUUUCUUGGUCAUAUCCGACAAAAGAUCACUCUUGCACAAAUGUCAUUUUUUAUGAAAUGAUAUAUCUUCAAAAAAGUUUUUUCAGUGUUGUAUCACCUUUUUUAACCUGUUCAUGCAAAGAAUUCCAGAGAAAGAAUUUAAAAGUUGUGUUGAAGCAAUAAAAAGCUUAAAUUUGUUCAGAAA